AUGUGCAAUAAAUAUCUUGGUUCAAAUUUUGUCGCUUUAUGUCCUGUAAUUAGUGUUCAAGUCAACCGGGUAAUGACCUACAGAGACCUGGACAACGAUCUGAAAUAUUACUCUGCAUUCCAGACUCUCGACGGAGAGAUCGACUUGAAGCUUCUCACAAAGGUUUUAGCACCAGAGCAGGAGGUGAAGGAGGAAGAUGUGCUCUGGGACUGGGAUCAUCUGUUUACAGAGGUGUCCUCGGAGCUGCUCACGGAAUGGGAUCAAGGAGAGAAUGACGAGCAGGCUUCAUAACCCACAAUUUGAGUACAAAGUCCGGACUGAAUAGCACGCGGUGGGGACUGAUAAACCAGCGACGUGAAUCAUCCAAACUUUUGUGUGAUCAGAAUCUUUACUAUAUUUCUUAACUUGUUCAUAUUGUACAGUUUGUCUUGCAUUUUCUACAUAAAGUUCACUAGUCAGUGAACA